UGAAUCGUAUUAUAGAGGAUUCCCGCUUGGGCAUUGCACGCGACGCUGGUUGGAGCAGCUCACUACGAGCUACAAAUAUUCGUCAAGCCAGCUGAUCGAGCUCACACACCGUCGCGAACCCCCACACGCGCGGACCACUCGAGCAGUACUAAACUGGGUUCCCUUCUCUCUCUAAAUCCAUAAUCAUAUUUUUUACCCGGCAAAUUUGAGCUCUGAUUGCUCUCUGAAGUUCAUAUUUAUUUUUCACAACGUACUUCAGAAUGGCUAAUUCGGAUCCCAAUUUUGGAUGUCUAUUCAACUCUGUUCAAAGGGAAUAUCCCACACCGGUCGCAGCACAAGUUAAAGGCAAACUCCCUGGCUGGCUCCGGGGGUCCCUGGUGCGGAUUGGUCCAGGUCUAUUCGAAGUAGGGGACACAGAAUACAAGCACUGGUUCGAUGGUCUAGCCCUCAUGCACAAGUUUGCUUUCCAUAACGGCAAAGUGAGCUACCAGAAUAGGUUCCUCCGAAGCAACGCGUACAAGAAGGCGAUGAAAUACAACAAAAUCAUCCUCUCAGAGUUUGGCACAGUAGGAAUACCGGACCCCUGCAAGAACGUCCUCGAGCGCUUUGCCACCCAUUUUCUACCGCUUAAUGUUACAGACAAUAAUUUAAUAAACAUGUAUCAACUUGGGGAUGAGGUAUACACGGCGACAGAGACGCACACACCGAGGAAGAUCAACCUACAAGACCUAAGCACGGAGGACCAAACGAUCGAUCUGUUAAAGAUGUUCGGUAUGAUGACAGCGUCUGCGCAUGCUCAGGUGGACAGGGACGGGUGCUCGUAUAACAUGGGAACAUCUUACCUCACCGGCUGCUUCUACAACAUCAUCAAGUUCUUCCCUAAAUCGCAUUCAGCAUCGUCAUCGUCACCAUCGUCACCGUCAUUAGAAAGCAGCACGACGUCAACCAGCGAGUCGAGUACAGACACGAGCAGUCCUUCGAUGUCGGCUAAACUGCUUUGCAGCAUCCGAGCACGGAACCCUCUAAAACCCUCGUACUUUCACAGCUUCGGUAUGACCGACAACUACAUCGUUUUCUCCGAGCAGACCCUCCACAUCAACGUCGCCAAACUCGCCUCCUCGCAGAUACUGGGCAAGCCGGUGUCGUCGUGUUUCGAGUUCGACCAUAACGGAACGACGCUCUUUCAUCUCGUCGAAAAGCAGACGGGACGGCAGAUGACCACGAGGUACGAGACGGGUCCGCUCUUUGGCAUGCACGUGAUCAACUCCUACGAAGAGGACGGGCAUGUGGUGUUUGAUAUCUGUUCGUACGAUGACGAUGAGCUUCUCAAGAAAUUCUACCUUGACUACCUUAGGCAUGGAGACCAGGACGGCAAGCGACAUUUUCCAAUCACAGAAGUCAGGAGAUUCGUCUUACCUCUUAGAAUAAAUAAGAACACACCUGUUGGCACAAACCUCGUAACUCUAAAUUAUACAUCAGCUUCUGCACAACUUCGGCCUGACGGCGUUGUAGAACUCACCUAUGAAGUCGCCUCAGAUAUUGGGAUCGAUAUGCCAUGCAUAAACAGUAGAGUCAAUGGAAGGCCCUACACAUAUGCUUACGGAACUUCGGGGAAAUGUAAAGGCGACUUUAUGAAUACGAUUGUAAAAUGCAACAUGCGAACAAAAUCUUGCAAGACAUGGCACAGACCGAAUCACUAUCCGUCAGAGCCGAUCUUUGUUGGGGCACCAGAUGCUGUGGACGAGGAUGAGGGUGUUUUAGUUUCAACAGUAAUCAGCAGCGAAACACAAAGGGCAUUCCUACUGGUACUUGACGCUAAGACAUUAGAUGAAAUAGCACGGGCAAAUAUCCCCGAGACAAUGUCAUGUCCCAUCACCUUCCACGGCGGAUUCUUCCAAUGAUAGAGGGACUGCAAUAGUCACACGGACACCUUUUCACGUGACUAGAGAUGAUUUGAAAUCAGCAUCGCUAUACCUAUCAGACUUUGAACGCGACGGUUGAUAGCGGUGACCGUUUCCAGUCUUUCCCCGCGGAUCUAAGAUUGCCUUGAGGAAGGGUGUUCCGACCCUGUUAUCACCAAAAAGUGUGAUUUUUCUUGUUGUCUUCCAGGAUAAAAUAGUUAACUCAUCAAUGGUGGCAGCAGAGUCUAAAUGCAGAACGCUCAUAGGUUGAAAGGAACAGAAUGAUUCUCGAAGUUUCAUGGUACUCACGGUUCUAUGUGAAGCGCACGUGAAAUUAGAAUGAAGUGAAACGUGGCGCCACCACCGGGAAUACGCGAUACGUCAUGCGUCACGUGGUUCAUCAUUUGGACCAAUAGCAGCGCCAGAACUUAGUUUUGGAGACACGUUUUAGGAAGAAUGGGUUUAAGACCACUGGUAAAACUUUAAAUCCACGGAGGCGUGUUUGGAAACAAAUGUUGUUUUUAUCUUAAUACAAAUCCCAAUGCAAUCUGGCAUGAAAUAGCUGCAGAAAAUUAUUAUUUAUUUAUCUUAAGCUGCAUAAACACCAAGGCAUUUUGGUCACCCGAAAUGCUUGUGAAAUAACAUAGUGUGUGAGGAAGAUCAUCAUUUAAAGACGUAAUAAGUCAUCUCGAUGUCUUCCAUUUAGUCUUUAUUAAUAAUAUCGGGUUGUUUAAAGAAAUGACUGUAGUUUGUAUUGGGAUCAAUUUAUAUGAAAUUGAACCGAGUUUUAUCGAUGCCAUAGAUCAACACAUGGUCUUAUCUAUGCGUUAAACUCCAAUCUAGCUAUUAAAUCAUUGCGUUAUUUUAGUAAGGCAAUAAUUCAAAUAAAGAAAAAAUCAUGUCCCAAAUUCCAUGAGAGCGAUUCUUGAUUGUAACCCGUCCAUGUAGUGAAACUAAUAUUAUUAAGAUUAAUUAUGCAAUGCUAUGUGUAUUCAUUCCUUUCUUUUUGAGAUCUUAUAACCGGAAUUGUAAGUUAAUGUCCAUUUUCCUUUUCUUUCUUUCCAUUUAAACGAUUCCGUGCAAUAGAAGUCGUCCGUUUUUUUUAAUCAUCCUGUUUUUACUAAAUUGAAGUACAUUUUGAAAGUUUUUAAAGUCUCAUGAUAGAUAUUAUGAGAAUAAUGUUAAUUUUUGUACCGAAUUCGCAGCUGUAAGUAUUGCGCAAAAAGAUUUGCAUUUUGUAACUCUUCUUUUGCAUCUAUACGUCUAAUAGAUAAAUAUUGAAACCCUUGUGUUUAUAUUUAAGGUCUAUUUUCAAUAUUUUAUCAUAGAUUCUCACCUAAAGAAGUCUCUAUCACUCAUUUUAGUUGAUAUGACAUUGUGUUAUUAUAUUUUGUAAAGUUAUCAUACAUUUCCCUACCUCAAUUUUUUUUGGUUUCACUUCCGUUGUUUUUAUUUGUUAAUUUUUUACUCUUGAUUUUGUUCAUUAUUAUUAUUUGCUUUGCUAUUUUUUUCUCAGUGCUAUACAUUUCAUCUUCACGGGGAAAUGAAUUGAGAGUAGCGUAAUUCCUAAAAACAUCAAUUUGCGCCAAAGAAUUUGACCUGAGCAAAUGAAAAAAAGGUUUUGCAAUUUCACUGUCGUGUCGAGAAUAAUCUAGAUGUAUUCGUCAAUCAAAAGCCCAAAUCGUGUUUGCAAUCGCUGUAUCACCAAUUAUGAGUUGCCCUGGACCAAUUUCGAUUGAUUUAACCAAAUUGUCUGCUUUCUCCGGCGAAAUAAUUUGAAAUAAAUUUUGAUCUCCCUCCUAAAGAGUGACCAAUUAUUCAGUAUUAGUUUUUAAAUUUAUCAAUUAUGGUUUUCAUUUUGUAUCUCUUUUCUUUUCCUUUGGUAGUUUUCAUGAAGCACUUAUGGACCAAUAGUAAUUCAAUAUUUUCUUCUUGUCUUUUUUCAGAUUUAUUCAGUUACAUGUACAUUAUUUAUAAAUCAUCAACAGUUUAUCAUCAUCUACAAACUUUGAACAUCAUUUUAGUACUGAGAAUUGUCCAGGCUUAAAUGCCAGGUAUAGAAAUUGAUUACAGCAACACUAUUUUGCUAGAUUAGAAGAUUAAUGUAUUCAUUUUACAAAAGUAUAUUUUUAUUGUGGCAUGAAAAGUGAUACUUCGGCAUUAUGUUGAAUGAGAUAAGGCAAGUGUUUAUGAAUGGUAUUUAUCAACGUUCUUUUAGUGAUCGUGAGCAUUUUGAUGUUAUGUUUGUUGUUUUUAUUAUUAUGAUGAGGAAUAGCGUGAUUGGGCGCUUGAUUUGAAGGCUUUUUGCAAUCAUUCACCCCCCCCCCCCUUAGCCAACUUUCAUUUCAUAAUCUACCCCUCCCUUCCCUUCCAUCAAACCCUUUAAAAUAAUAUUCAUUAUAUUUUUUUCCAUGGUUUUAUAGCCAUUGGCCGCGCACUUUUUAAAAUAACACCAGCCCCUUUCCCUCUCUUUUUUUUCUCUCUCUCUCUCUCAGUCUCUCUCCCUCUCUCUGGAAAUUGUCAAUGCCAUUAUCAUUAUCUUUCGAAUUCAAAUUGUGAAUAAAAGUCAAGCUCGAGACCAUGCUGUUUUUUGUUGUUGCAUGACUCUCAUUGAAGUAGUUCUAAAGAUCUAAUUCUUGAAAUCUUUAUACUUUUAUUGAAGAAGAUAGAGAAUGUGAUCUACGCAACUUUUGGUCCUGAAUCAGUCAAUGUAGAUUAUUAGAAUUUGAACUGCACAUAGAUAUCUACCCUACAACCCCCCCCCCCCCC